AUGUGGUGUCUUAUUUUAAUUAGUUAUGUUACUGUUGCACAUUCAUUACGUUUUGCGACCUAUAUUUCUUCCGGUGGACUACACGGAGAAAUUCGAUUCGAAAAAGCCACAGAGAAUUCUGUGAGAAUUCGAUUUUCCCUUCAAGCUACUUUGCAGUAUCCAGAUCAGCAAUGGUUUUGGUCAGUUACUCAGUUUCCUGUUGAUUAUACGAUUGUAAAUAAUAGAUGCGACGAACGACACGUUGGAGAAAGUAUCAUCGAUUUGACAGAAUUAGUAGGGCCAAUAGAUCUGCCAGGAAAUGAGACAGGAACAGUAGAAGUAGCAGGGAUAUCCCUGACAGGAAAAAUGGGUUUAUGGGGCAAAGGUUUAUUACUCAAGGAUACAUAUUCAUCUAGAACCAUUUGUGCCUCGAUUACGGUACUUGAAAAAAAUAUAGAAAAAUUUGCAGAAGCACAUUUUUAUGGACCCAUAGCUGGAACUGUUUGGUUUCGAUGGCUAGGUGGUUAUGCUGGUGACAAUACUACUGACACAAUAAUUUACACAGAUUUACAUCAUAUUCAUAAACAGAAAUUGCAAAAUAUAGACUAUACAGAACAUUACUGGAAGAUUUAUGUAACUGAUAUUUUUGACAUCAGUAAAGAUAAAUCAAGUUGCAACAUUCUACAAACUGUUUUUGAUCCUGAUAAUGCUGGUAGUGGCAAAGCCAUUGGUGAUAUUGACAUGCGUUUAGGCAAAGUAAAAGUAGCCACCAAUCAUCGUAAAAGGUAUAAAACUUUAUACAGGGAUUCAAAACUGUCUCUACUACCUGCUGAUUUACUUGGUCCUCAUCGUCUGUUAUAUUUAGUAAUCUUUCAUCCAAUGCACGAUGAUUCGUUUUUAGUUUGUACCAAGAUUAAUCACUGGAAAACUAUUUCUGCCAAAACAUUAAUUAAUUCCCAUGGUAUAAAAGGAGAGGUGGCUUUGACUCAAGUAACUCCUUUCAAUCCAACAUGGAUUAGUAUAUCUUUAACACCAGUUAAUGAUUUAGAAACGAGAUUACGAUAUGCUACUAAAGUAGAAUCAUACAAAAUUCAUGAAUUACCUCCAGAAACAACAAAGACUCAAAGUAACACUGCUGAAAGAUGUAAGACAACUGGAAAUGUAUAUAAUCCAAGUAAUAUUGAUGAAACAACAGUACCACCAGCAGGAUUGGGAACUCAAGAUCAAUAUGCUGUUGGUGAUCUUUCUGGAAAACUUCAAGGGCGCAAAGAAGGAUCAUAUCAUUACGAUAUUUUACCAGGGAGUGCCAAACUUAGUGGAAUUUAUUGGGAUACAUAUCUUCCACUUUCAGGAAUUCAUAGCAUAAUUCACAGAGGUUUUGUUCUUCACAAAUAUAAUGAAACUGAUAAUAUGAGCAUAAUACCUUGGGUGUGUGGUACAAUGAGUCUACAUUCACUAGAUAAUACUGAACAGGUACCAAUGUUAACAGCACAAGUAAUAUACAGAUAUCCUAUUGUUGGAAGAAUAAUUUUCCGUCAACCACAAAAUGAUCCUCAAAUGGACACAACUAUCUUGAUUGAAUAUUUAGUGCAUGCAGAUGGUAAUGCUUUAAAUAACUCAGCAUCACACAGAUGGAUGAUCCAUGACAAUCCACCAGGAAAAGAUUACUACAAUUGGACAGGCAGAUGUUUGAGUACUGGGGAUCCUUAUAACCCUUAUAAAGUAGAGUGGGACUCAAAACAUUCUGAAUAUUGUUCAACUGAAGUAACUUUAUGUAGUGUAGGUGAUUUAACCAGACAUGGUACAAUUGACAUUGCUGGUAGAAAAAUGCAUGCAUCCGUUUUAACUCGAACACUUCUUACGGACACAAUGUUAUCCUUAUCUGGGCCUAAAAGUAUAUUAGGAAAAAGUUUGGUAAUAUAUGAUGACAAUGGACCACGUGCAAGAGGAGAAAGGCUAGCAUGUUCAAUAAUUAGUAGAGUAUAUCGUCGGAAAGCUGUAGUAAAAGAUUGGUUUGGAAACGGGGAACCCAUUUCAUUGAAAGGAAAAUUAGAAUUUAUACAACAAACUGAAUACGAUGUUACAAAUGCAGAAGUAAAUCUUGAUGGUCUCAAUGGACAAAUGAAGGGAUAUCAUAUACAUAUGACUCCGGUAGAACAAGAUUUAGAGUUUCCAUGCGAGGGUACUUCUUUAUAUGGACACUGGAAUCCAUUUGGUAUCAAUAUAAGUAAUACCCCACUUCCUGGGGAAGGAACAAGUGACCAAUAUGAAAUAGGUGAUCUCAGUGGAAAAUUUGGAACAUUAGAGAACAGAAGAACAUAUAUAUCAGCUUUCAAUGAUACGAUUCUUCCUUUAUUUGGAUCAAGAAGCGUGCUGGGUAGGAGUAUAGUAGUUCACAAAAAAGAAAAGGAUUUAAGGUGGGCAUGUUCGUCUAUAGAACGAGGAUAUUCACCAUCUGAAGCUAGUGAACUACAAGCAAUUGCUUCUUUUCAUCACCCACAAGGGUUUGCAUAUGGUUACAUAAAAAUGACUCAAUUAUUACAUCGAGAUGGCAGUGAAAGUGAAACCAUAAUUGAAGUAAAACUGCGUCAUCCUGGCAGACAUGACCGUAAUGUUACAAAAGAUCAUAAAUGGGCAAUAUAUGUUAAUCCAGUUGGUGUAGAUGCAACUGUACAAGUAAAAAACACUAGAUGUGUAGCAGCUGGAUAUAUGUGGAACCCCUAUUUUACCCAACUGGCUGAUCCUUUAAAUGACGAUCUCUAUAAACAAGAAUGUGGUCCUGACUUACCAUUAAGAUGUUAUGUAGGAGAUAUAUCUGGUCGAUUAGGUCCUAUUAAUAUAGGAUUAGAAAGACAAGUUUUUACAGACUCAAACUUUCCUUUAGGUGGAUCUAUAUCUGCUAUGGGAAGAUCUAUCAUUAUUUUUGAUCAAAGUUUUGGAAGUAACAGAUUUGCUUGUGCUAAUAUCGAACCAAACAAUGAUAUUGUAAAAUAUGCAAAUAUAAGAAAACCACCACGUUUCGUAGUGGCUCAAUUUUUAGAAGAUGUGCGAAAAAUUAUGGGAAUCCCUGAAUGGAUGUUAUCUAUAGAUAAUAGAAAAACAAAAAUUUUACAUAAUGGUGCAUGCAUUCAGUUUCUAUUACAUUUUAAAGGUCCAAUUGCUAAUACACUAGAACUAGAUUUUAAUAAACUUAUGUCUACUGGACGAUUAGAUACACCUAGUUUAUUCAUACCUGGAUAUGUUCCUACAAAACGGAAAGUUACUUUGGGUUAUCGUCAAUGUGGAAGCCGAGACCCAAAUGAUGAAAGUUCCCGUUUCUUGCUUCCAAGUAUUUCACCACGAUUAUCACCCCGGACUUACAAUUUCCCUUGCGGGAAUGCCCUACCAGCCCUACCGUAA